AUGCUGGAGGAGGAGCUUGCUCGCUCGCUUGCUAGGCUGGACCACCUGAAUCAGCUCCUGCGCGAGGACGAAGCCAGCCUCAAGCAGCAGAGGGCCGCCCACGCCGCGUUUCUGCGCAAAUACCCUUUCGCUCGCACUGCACCACCGCCCGAACCUCCUCGCGCUGCUCCGACCCAGACAAGGACCGCGCCGGUCGAGCCAAAGGCGGUGGCUCCGACAUCGUACGGACGCGGUGAACACCCCAACUCGAAGAAGAACCUCGCCCUCGGUCGCGGAAGGUACUGGCCGCGACGCGAAAGGUCGCCCUCUCCUCCCGCUCCCUCCGCACACCCGACUUCCGGCUCGAAGAGACCCAGAACCGACACCGCAACGUCGCAAACUGCCAAAGCCGCGCGCGAACCGAUCGCGACUGUCGCCCAACGGUCUGUCGCGGCCAUGGAUUCGAAUCCUUCUCCCGCCCCUCAACAACCUGCUUCGCGACCACACCGACCACGCUAUCUGAACCGAUACGUCGCUCCUGGACCGCUCGAGGAGCGGCUAUGGCACCUAACGACGCCGCUCGAAGAGUACGACCUCAACUUUGCCUUCGACCUUCCGCCGUACGCGCUCGUGACGGACGGAGUAGUUCUGACUCCGCUGAUACCUUGCCUUCACGCCCGCCGACUCUACCGUCUUUAUAGCACGCACACCGCCGGCUUCGCCUACCUCCCCUACGGACCCUUUCCGACCUUCGAAUCCUUCCUCACUUUCAUCGAGAUCCGUCGGCGACAGACCGGAUCGUUCUUGUUCGUCGUCUACGAUCGCUUGCUCGAGUUUGACGACGGGAGGAGCGAGGUGGACGGUCUGAGGGAGGAGCGCAUAGCGGGCAUCGUUGGCAUCAAAAGUUCAGAGCCAGAGCGAAUGGCGGAGAUUGGGCAUCUUCACAUCCCCGCACCCUUCCAACGCAGCCACAUCUUCACCCACGCCGCCUACCUCCUCCUACAAUGGCUCUUCUCCAGCCCCUUCCCCUCCAUCCCCCCAGGCUCCCACCCCUUCACCACCUUACACGGCCUCGGUCUCCGGCGCGUCCAAUGGGCCGCUGGCUCACGCAAUACCGCAUCAAUCAACGCCGCUCUCCGCCUGGGGUUUCAGAUGGAAGCGUCCGACCAGCAGUGGGAGCGGCCGCUUGCGAAGGAUCGGGGAAAAGUCGAGGGACUUGAGCUGCCAGAGUUUGUGCAGGGUCAGUGGAGGGAGAGGGAGGAGGGCAUCGGGCUGGGGAGGCACAGUGCGUUGUUGAGCAUGGCCUGGGAUCGAUGGGAGAAUGAGGGCAGGGCGAAGCUGGAGAUGAUGGCGGCGGAGAGAGGAGUCGUACGGCGCAAGGCGAAGGACGUGCUUGGCGACCUGCUGUAG